UCUGAAUCCCUCCAGUGGAAUUGUAAACCCUCUAGAUGGAUACAAAAUCCCUCCAGUGGAAUUAUAAUCCUGCUGGGAAGAUAUCUAAAUCCCUCCAGUGGGAUUUUAGAGCCCUAGGGAGACUAUCUGAAUCCCUCCGGUGGAAUGUAAAUCACACUGUGUAAAGUUUCAAUUCAAUAAUUGUAAUUUCUCAAACCCCUCCGGUGAAAAUAACAUCCCUCCGCCAGUCUCCAGUGGAGUCCAUAUCUUCCUACUAACUUCUUUGACGCGUGUGCUAGUGCAAUGCACGGAUAUAAAACCGGAUAAUCAACUCAUUCAUCAAACAGACUCUUCGUGAAUAUGUGACAAGUUAAACUUUAAGUGAUGUGUAGAAAAAUCAAUCGUGAUAAUACAUCACAGUGAGAUAAAAAUGUCUUAAAGUCACAUCACAGUGGAUUAAAAUUGGUGAAAUGUCUGAUAACAAACAGACGAAGAUGUCAGCGAUGCUAUUUCUUCUACUUUUGCUUCUACCCUACGCUGUCAAAGGAUUUACGUGUUCGGACAACAAGGUUGGAAGUUGUUUCUGUGAUUUCGACCAGCGAGCUGAUUAUGAGAUCCAUUGUCCCUAUAUAGAGUCCAAGUUCUCUAUAGCACUAGAUGUUGGAAGACAGGCGUCUGUCACUUGCAAUCCAGCAACCACAUAUAUAGAGAUGGUAGAAUACCUUCAAGGAUUAGACCUGGGCAUAUUGAAACAUUUGAAGAUUGUAAACUGUCCUGUUCCUGAGGAUAGUUUUCAGGAUUUGAUAUUCAAUCAAAUGGGUGCUAAAGGAGUGUUGGCCUUCCAGUUCCGGAAUGGGAAGAGCUAUGACCGGCAGCUGCUACCUUUCCAUUUUAAGAAUUUGACCGAGCUGAUACAGCUUGAUCUUUCGGGCAGUCUCUUGGGAACACCGGUCAAUAGUGAGUUCUUUACAGGGAUGGAUAACUUGAAAUUCCUGGAUUUGAGUGGGAACAAAGGAAUGAAUCUACACUCUGGAACGUUCCAAAACCUUACUAGUCUAAUAACAGUGAACUUGGCAGACUGUGAUUUAGCGGAACUUGACGAAGAUUUGUUUUUAAGUCAAACAAAUCUUACAUCUCUUAAUCUACAUUCAAACCUACUAUCUGAGCUGAAACCCAACAUUUUUCGAAAUCUGAACAGUUUGGAAUUGCUUUUUAUUAAAGCCAACAAGCUGACCAGCCUACCUACUGGCAUAUUUGACCCACUGAAAAAUCUUACCAGUAUUGAUAUGGGGUUCAAUAUGUAUCAAAGUUUACCAGAAAACAUAUUUUCCAAAAAUACUAAGUUAAAAGAUGUUGUUUUUAUCAUAAACGGAGAAUUUUGUGGAGGUGGGGCAGCUGAAUGUGCAGAUAAAGUAAAAAAGAUAGAUCUACCCUCAACCUUGUUUCAAAACCCUAGUAUAGAGUCCAUUAAAAUCCUCCAUGUUCCUUCCAACACCAUUCCCUCAAACAUCUUUAAAGGCGCUACCAACCUCAAGAAUGUAACAAUACAAUCAUCUUAUUUGGAGGAUUUACCAGUUGGACUUUUUAGAGAUUCUUCAAGCAUAGAAAAGAUUGAUUUCUCUGGAAACCUUAUUCGAAACCUCACAUCAGGUGUUUUUGAUGGCCUGCGAAGUUUGACAACCCUAAGGCUUCUUAAAAACCGCAUCACCAAAAUUUCUGACAUGAUAUUCAAAGAUCUGGACUUUCUUGAAAGCCUGGAGCUUCAAGAUAACCUGAUCAGCAAAAUUGACCGAGAUGCUUUUGUGUUCUUGAAGAAGUUGAAGCAUCUUGAUUUAUCAAGCAAUAGCUUGGUUUACAAUGCUGGCGACGGGAAUUCAUUUCUGUCCUCGCAGGUUUUCCAAGAACUAGUGUCAAUCAAUCUCUCAAAAAACUCGUUCUCAACAAUCGAAGAAAAUAUUGUGGCAAAUUGUUUAAAGUUGGAAAAAUUAGACCUAAGCUACAAUAGUUUCAGAGUGCUUCAUAUGAUAGAUUUUAACUUUGUGAAAAGUAAAAAGAUAUUGUUUGAUCUGUCGUAUAAUCAAAUUGAACGAGUUCCAUUAACACCAGAUAGCAGAGCUGAGCUCUCUUUUAAAAAUAAAACUGAAUCCUUUGAUUUGAACAUAUCUGGCAACCCUUUUAUUUGUGACUGUUUUAUAAUAGACUUGAAGAAAAAAUUUGAAGGAACUCUGGAUACAGUUUAUGACAAAGCUUUCACGCUUGUUCCGUCCCAAAAUGUGAAUUGUGGACCCAAAUCUCAUCCUGAUCUCAUUGGAAAAUCUCUGCAAUCAGUUGAUUACGUGGAUCUAAACUGCCAUUUUCCUUCUGAUUUAAUAAGCAGCAAAUGUCCCAACAGAUGUGGCUGUUCAUGGAAUAGAUUUCUGUCCCGAGUGCUUGUGAACUGUACGCGGCAAAAAAUGAAUAAGUUCCCGGAUUUUCUGCCAUUGUUCAAGGAUUUCAAGGAUUCAAAACUUGAGAUCCAUCUUGAACAUAAUCUGAUUUCAAACCUGACCGAGGCUGUGCAGCACUACUUCGACCAGAAGGACUCCAACUUCAUGGAGAUUGAGUAUCUCUAUCUGACCGGAAACCUCAUCAAUGAAUUUCAUCAGAGCUCUUUGCCCCCUAACCUCAAGGCUCUUCACAUUGAUGAAAACCAAAUUGAAAGUUUUUUCAAAUCCGAUCUGAACUAUUUUGAUUCUCUGAUCAACCAGACUAAACUGGAAUUAAAACUGGGGAAAAAUCCGUAUUUAUGCAGUUGUGAUUCCCAGGAUCUUUAUCAUUUUUUGCGGGACCGAGGCUCAUUUAUCCUUGAUAAGUCCGACGUUAUCCUAGCUUGCCCUGACAACAUCACCCCUCUGGCUGAGUCUAAGAUCAGUGAUUUCUGUCUCUAUCUUCCUCCACCAGAGAUCAUUGCGAUCAUCAUUAUUGUCAUAUUUUUCCUGAUCUCGGCGAUCAUUCUUCUGUUCUUCUACACCUGCUAUAGAGAGACCAUUCUCAUCUGGAUCUACUCCAAGUCCUGGUCCAGAUUUCUGUUCACAGACGAGAUUAUUGACAGUGAUAAGCCUUAUGAUGCAUUUAUCUCUUAUUCUCAUCAUGACACAGACUUUGUUAAUCAGGUUUUGUUGCCGGGAUUAGAAUCUCCAGAUGAUUUUUCAUACAGGUAUAAGUGUUUGACCCAUCAGAAGGACUGGCUUGUCGGUCAACCCAUCCCGGAGAAUAUUAUAAACAGUGUACAGUCCAGUAGAAGGACUUUGAUAGUCCUUAGCAAGGACUUUAUCCAGUCCAUGUGGAGCAAACUAGAGUUUAGAGCAGCGCAUGCGCAGGCCUUGCAGGACAAAACACAGAGAGUUGUGAUAAUAGUGCGUGGUGAGCUGCCUGCUGAAGAGGAUAUGGAGGAGGAUUUAAAGAAGUAUAUUAGGAUGAAUACUUACAUUGAGUCAGAGAAUCCAUGGUUUUGGCAGAGAUUAAGAUAUGCUUUACCUCACAGAGGUGGAUUCUGGCAAAGAAGGAGAAAUCAAAGAACAAGAAAGGAAACUGAUCAACUUGAGCUUAUGCGGGCACAGGUUGAAGCUGAACUAGGUAAGAGUAGUAGAACUCCUAGUCCUCCAACUAUACAAACCAAUCCAUCAAAACCAAACAACGGUUUGGUCAACGGAAACGGGUUUUCAGGAAUAAACAACAUUUAUCCGGAACAAAACGGGCACGUGCGUGUACACCAUGAGACUAAUGGUCACGUGCACAGCGAUACUAACGGUCACGUGGACAGUGAGACUAACGGUCACGCGUACAGUGAGACAAAUGGCCGGGUGGAGAAGGAAAGAAGAGCGCAGGAAUAUCUUGAUAAAAUUAUUCCUCACAAAGCCAGUGAUGGAGGAAGAAUUGUCAGAGAUAUUCUGGGUUCUCAAAAAUAAUUAAAAUAAACUCGGCGACAGGCGGACAUUGGACAAAAACACUUUCAUCCGUUCACAAAAUUUCAUUAACAGAGUGACUAAAAGAAAUUUACUGACAUCACAGCUAUAAAGUAUAUAAACAAGCAAUAUAAGCAUGGAAAAAUAUUGUUGAAAUAUUUGUGAUGACAUUAUUUUUGAUACGAUGCUACAGUGAUAUUUAUUGGAUACAAUCUUAUAGUGAUGGAUAUUAAUAGUUGAUAUUGAUAAUUCCAUGGAUACUCAAUUCAUAUACUAUUUGUAUCCAAGUGCAAACUUAGUGGAGGAUUAUAAGCUCAAAUUAUUUUGUCAGCGAUGAUAAACACCGGUUAAACUUUAAAGCAAUAUUGCCGAAAGCAGUGGAAACUUUUGAACAGACUUAAUGAGUUUAACACAAAUUCUCCUUAAACGAAAUGCAUUCAAAAGCGGUUUAACCAAUGAAAGACCCUUUUAAUCGAUCCCCGAGGAGAUAACCUGGGUUAAACCCAAUUUCGUUUAAUCAAAAUUUUACAUUUUUCAAAGAUCUGAUUUGUUGCGUAUACUGUGCAAAUCUCAAUAAACAUUGGAAUUA